GGCGAGUCGCGCAUGCACAGUCUCGGCCCCCGGCCGCCGAGGCACUCCGCCCCUCUCCACAGCGGGGCACCGGGUGCCUUGGACCCUCUACGCCGCCGUCUUUUCCGGCAGUUGGAACGCUUCCUGUUGUUCUUGCCUGUCACGGCUUCUACCUCGGAGCCUCUCGAGCGUCCCCGCUUCCUCCGGCUGGUCGGGCUCGGCGGGCGUCUGCGGUGGCCGCCGCCGGGGUCUGCAGCCAUGGCAAUGACAGGCUCAACACCUUGCUCAUCCAUGAGUAAUCACACAAAGGAAAGGGUGACAAUGACCAAAGUGACAUUGGAGAAUUUUUACAGCAACCUUAUUGCUCAGCAUGAAGAACGAGAAAUGAGACAAAAGAAGUUAGAGAAAGUAAUGGAAGAAGAAGGCCUGAAAGAUGAAGAGAAACGACUCAGGAGAUCAGCACAUGCCCGGAAGGAAACAGAAUUUCUUCGUUUGAAGAGAACAAGACUUGGAUUGGAAGAUUUUGAAUCCUUAAAAGUCAUAGGCAGAGGAGCAUUUGGUGAGGUGCGACUUGUUCAGAAGAAAGAUACAGGACAUGUAUAUGCAAUGAAAAUCCUUCGUAAAGCAGACAUGCUUGAAAAAGAGCAGGUUGGCCACAUUCGUGCGGAGCGUGACAUUCUAGUGGAGGCAGACAGUUUGUGGGUUGUGAAAAUGUUCUAUAGUUUUCAGGAUAAGCUAAACCUCUACCUAAUCAUGGAGUUCCUGCCUGGAGGGGACAUGAUGACCUUGUUGAUGAAAAAAGACACUCUGACUGAAGAGGAAACUCAGUUUUAUAUUGCGGAAACAGUGUUAGCCAUAGACUCUAUUCACCAACUUGGAUUCAUCCACAGAGACAUCAAACCGGACAACCUUCUUUUGGACAGCAAGGGCCAUGUGAAACUUUCUGAUUUUGGCCUUUGCACAGGUCUGAAAAAAGCACAUAGGACAGAAUUUUACAGGAACCUGAACCACAGUCUCCCCAGUGAUUUCACUUUCCAGAAUAUGAACUCCAAAAGGAAAGCAGAAACCUGGAAAAGAAACAGACGCCAGCUAGCCUUCUCCACAGUAGGCACUCCUGACUACAUUGCUCCCGAGGUGUUCAUGCAGACCGGGUACAACAAGCUCUGUGACUGGUGGUCGCUUGGGGUGAUCAUGUAUGAGAUGCUUAUCGGCUAUCCACCUUUCUGUUCUGAGACCCCUCAGGAGACAUACAAGAAGGUGAUGAACUGGAAAGAAACUUUGACUUUUCCUCCGGAAGUUCCCAUCUCUGAGAAAGCCAAGGAUCUAAUUUUGAGAUUCUGCUGUGAAUGGGAACAUAGAAUCGGAGCCCCUGGAGUUGAGGAAAUCAAAAGUAAUUCUUUUUUUGAAGGUGUUGACUGGGAGCAUAUCAGAGAGAGACCUGCUGCAAUAUCUAUCGAGAUCAGAAGCAUUGAUGAUACCUCAAACUUUGAUGAGUUUCCAGAAUCUGAUAUUCUUAAGCCAACAGUGGCCACGAGUAAUCACCCUGAGACUGACUACAAGAACAAAGACUGGGUCUUCAUCAAUUAUACUUACAAACGUUUCGAGGGUCUGACUGCAAGGGGCGCCAUACCUUCCUACAUGAAAGCAGCAAAGUAGGACCCUGUGUGGAAUCCAAAUGGAGCAGAGUUCUUUGUACAACAUGGUGGUUUUCCUCUCACACUCUUUUGAAAGUGCUUCCAAGAAGUUUAUAGAACCCAUCAAUAUGUCACAGUAAGGUCUCCUGAAAUGCGAUAGAAAGUGGAUUUCCUUCAUGAUGCACCUGAAAACUGAUGGAACAGAGAGAACCAUUUUUGUACCGGCCACAAAUAGCUGUCUUGCUUCUUUAGGAGCAUCAUGAGCCAAUUUGAUAGGCAUUUUAAAAAGAAUUUGAAUUUUCCUAAGUUCAUCAGAAGGGGAUAAAACAGCCCUCAGCCAACAUUACUGAGAUAACCCAAUAUCAGCCAAUUCCUGUGAUGUGGUGACAUGCCACCUGCCAAGCCCAUCAAGUAUUUCUUUUCUUUGUAUAGCUAAAAGUUCCAUAGUACUAAGGAAAUACAGCAAUAAUGAACGUGUGCGUCAGCAGCCAGCAUUGUGGCUGAAGAACUGAUCCCAUUCUGAGGGGGAUGAGGGUAGUGUUCUCCCCAUACCUCAGCCUCGCCAGUGGCUUUCCAUAGCCGUCAUUCAUGGUGCACUUUAUUUAUGGUACUAGGACAGAGACCCUUAAUCCACUGAUUUAUCUCUGCCCUCCCAGCCAUCCAAAAGACUGCUGUUCUUCGGAGUAUCAACGACCACUGCUACUCUUAGGAGGUCCACGACAUCAUUGGGCACUGCCAGGAAGCUGUGGAUCAAGUGGAAGACCCUCAAUUUCUCUUCACUGGUGUAUCAGGAGACCCUAAGGUGGAUGUUGUUGACCUACAAGUGCUGCCAACAGGAGCUUAGUGUGUUCCUGGGAGUAUAGCAAGGACCAGGUGGAGGCGUGUGGCCUGAAACUUUCUCAGCUAAGGUGCUGCAUUGCACCAUCUCCACAAGCUCCUUGGAAGUGUCAGAACUAGCCUGAUAGAAAGUGCACAGCCAUCUUGUGGACAGGGCCUUGUGAAGCUCACUCCUUGGUCCCUGGUGCAGCCGUGUUUUGUCUUUUCUUUCCCUUGGUAUUUCUCUUCUCCCUGAUUUGCAUAGCCGUUUUGCCUUGGAGUUAUGAUUACAAAUUUUUCCUUUGUAGAUGCCUUCCGGGGGGUACUCCCCCCCCAACCAAAAGGGUUGCCUGCAGCUUGGGCUGACCUGGCCUCUCCGCUGUGGCAUUCUCUCACGAGACUGAAUUUUAGCACAAAGUGCCUUCUCUGUCAUGGCUGGUGCCACCUCUAGAGGACUUUUUCUGCGUCAGAAAAUUGUGGAGGUUCCAUCUUAAUGCAUUAUUAGUUUUUUAAGUUUUGAUAACUCUUAACACAUCAUUUGCACCUGUGUGGUAACUGCCUCUUGCAGAGUAUCGUGGCCAAGCUACACCUUGCCUUCUGCCAGUCUUAAGGUUAUGAAGUCAGCUUUGUCCUAGCUCAGUCAUUCAGAAAGGGAAAAUGGAUUUCAGAGUUAUAGUUGGAAGUGAGACUGCUUGUGUUUUAGCGUCUUAGAUGGAGGUAAAAGAAUGCUAGGGAAGUCUUAACUCUGGAUGAAGGCAGUGGUUAGCCUCUCACUCGCAGCCUGCUAGUGAAGAGAAAGUCAGUGAGAUUUUUGUGUGACCUUGUAGUCUCCGUGUUACCGAGUAGUUGGGUGUUUCGCAUGAGUGUGAGAUGCGCACCAGUGGAGAAGUAACUGGAGUAGCAGUAGAGUCUGCGUGGUGGGAGUGACGGGAUGGUUUGUUUUAGGGGAAAUGUCCGUAUUUUAACUGUUAAAUUUCUGAAUAAACUGUGACAACAGCAGUGGCGAUCUGUGUUGUGUUUAAAGUUCAUGAUUCAAAGAAGCAGAGUACUGCAUCAGAACAUUGUUGUCAUCGUUGGUGGCUGUCCUCAGCUCUUAUGUGUUCAUGGAGCUAGUCUUUGAAUUGGUGUCCAUACAGAGAAACUUCUGAUGGCACCACACACGUUCUUUUCUGCCUCACUUGGGUUAUGGGGCAGUGGGCCUUCCCUUCACAGUAAGGUCAGGCACACCUAUGGACAAAAGUGCUGCCAACAGUACAAAGGCCGGGCGCCAAUGGCUCACGCCUGUAAUUCCAGCUACUCAGGAGGCAGAGACCAAGAGGAUCACGGUUCAAAGCCAGUUGGGCAAACAGAGUUCAGGACACCCUAUCUUAAAAAAACUCAUCAUAAAAGAAGGGCUAGUGGGUUGCUCAAGAUUUAGGUCCUGAGUUCAAGCCCCAGUACCACAAAAAUAAACAGCACAAAGGUGCCUUUGCACAGCUGUUUAGAGCCUAGCGCUAUUUCCCCCCCCAGUCUGGGGAUGACCAGAAGUCUCACAAGCUCACAAGAUGGGUCUUCUCUGCCUCCAUUUCCAGCAGAGCAGGGGUCUGUUCUGAACUGUUGGAUACUAGGAGUGCUGCUCUGAACCACUUCACCUUUUUUGUGGGUGAAGGAGCCUCAGACACAGGCAAGAAGGGAGAGGCCCAGGCCACUUGGAGUAGAAGUUGUAGGCAGAGAGAAGGUAAAUGUAGUCAGGAUGAGUGGAUGUUACCAAGAAACAUUUGGAGAAAUACUGGUUCAGUGUUGAUCCUGUUCACAGAAAAUUCCAUUUCCUACCUCAUCAGGGAAGUUAAAAAAUACUAAAACUCUUUUAUAUUAACAGCUUCACUACAUACUCAUGUGGAACCGAGUACUGGUGGCAUUCAGUCUUCUCUUUUUUUUUUGGACAGGUUCUCACUGUAACCCAGGCUGGCCUUGAAUUUGUGAUCUUCCUGCCUCAGUCUUCAGAGUGCAGAGAUGACAGGCAUGUGGCACCAUACGUGGCACGAAUUCACUCUUGAAUCAAGAUUCAACAGUGUAUCAGAAUUUUUUUUUUUAGUAUCUUUUUCUUUUUAGAAUUACUUUCUGCCAUUGAUCACUGAACACUCCUGUGGGAAGCACAUUUCCCAGGUCACCGUGUCCUGUGUCUCUUUUGGGCCUCAGUUGUAACCAAAAUGAUGUUUUUAAUUGAACUCAAAAGGAUGCAGUGAAGGGUACUUCAUUUCCUGCUUCGUACAUUUCCCUGGAAUGACCUGCCUGCCAAAGUAGCACUGACCUAAAAGGCAGUAUUCCUGAUGUUUUUUCACUUACUCUUUUUAGAGAAAAACAUCUUGCCCAAACAUUUUAAGCAUCCAUAAGUACAGCACAUUACAGGACACCCCAGGCAUACAGUUGGGGCCCAUUUGUUCUGAACUCAGAUCAGUUGGAGGAGGGAAUUGCACCCUCUAAGUGCCUUUGUGGGAUGCAGUGUCAACCGUGACACUAUUGUUGUCAAUGCAACCAAGGGCCCCCAGUUGAGUGAUCUUUGGAAGCCUCCCGAUGCUUUCACUGAAGCAGCAGUGACUGGGUAGAAGGAAAGGGUUUCCGAGCCUGGAAGGGACGGCUGUGCCGUGGUGGCUGCGUGGAAAUACACCUAAGCAAGCAUUGCCUCCUGAAGAACGGCCUGAAGAAUGCCUGCACUUGCCUCUGUUACGUCCUUGUUUCCAUCCCACUCAGCCCACCAGUCUGCUGUCUGUCCCACUUGGGUGCUAAUUAGCCCAUGUAGAAAACAUGCUAGUGUUGCAAUUUUACAAUCAUUCCUUUGGCCACACGUGUCCCAGCUCCCAUAGCCACUGCUGUCUCUGUCCUCAUUCCAUCUCCCUGAUGCAUGCGCAGUUUUUUUCGUGGUACUGGGGUUUGAACUCGGGGCCUCAUGCUUGCUAGGUAGGUGCUCUAGCACUUGAGCCACUCCACCAGCUCUGAAGGGCACUGUUGAACUUGAAUUCUACCCAUCCUCACUUCCUUCUUGGGAGUCUUUGCCCAUCACUUGAAUGGUGGUGCUCCUCAGAGCAAUGCCUUUGCCCUCUGGGCACUCAGGUCAUCUUUGGUGGCCUCUCCCUUCCUAUGGCUUUGGCUACCACCUUUGUGUGGAGGUCUUCAAAGACCCACUGACCUAACUGACCUCAGUCCCUCCCUAGAAGUUUAGGUCCCUUGCAGCCAAGUACAUACUAGAACUUGCCAUCUGGAGGGCUGACAGAGGCUCUAACAAAGCCAGCCAAGCGGAGCUCCUCUUGCUCCCACAGGCCUGUUUCUAGUUUUGCCUACCAGACAUCCAAGCCAGGAUCUUUUGGGCCUUUGCGUGUGGCUCCCUUUAAUAAAUGUUAAUGACCUCGGCACCUUACCCAGUUGUUGCAGGAUUUGGUUGGCUGACCUCCUUGGGUCUGGUCUGUCCCCUUUCCAGCUAGUUCUCUCUGCAGUAGAGCCCAGCCCUGCUUUAGCAACCCAUGGAGUUUCCAGUAGCUCCCAGGCCAGUGGGCUCUUGGCAGAGGGCAGCCAAAUUAACAGGGAGCAAGAGGUGAGCCAGAGGCACCUGCCCACCUUUCACUUCUGCCACUGUCCCUCACUUGAGUGGAACCCAAGCAUGGUAUGGACGCUUGCAGGCCUCCUUAGCUUUCAGCUUUGCUUACACUUGACUUCGAGUCAGGGUUAGUUGCACUUGAGCGCCCUGGGAUUUUAUUUUUUUUUGGCAGUACUGGGGUUUUACCUUACACCCUCAUGCUUGCUAGGCAAGCAGUCUACCAGUUGAGCCACUCUGUGCCAGGCUUUUUUGUGUUGGGCAUUGACAGGGUUUUGCCCAGGUUGCCUUUAACCUUGAUCCUCCUAGUCUCUUGCCUCCCAAGUAGCUAGGAUGACCAGCUCCUGGCUGUCCUGAGAUCUUGAAUGCAAAUUAAGAACCUUUAGGGUCAGGAACCUGAGUUAUGAGGAAAGAACAGGGUAGAGGAACAUGAGCAGUCCCUCUCUGUGACAAAGAGGCUCUGUUCUAGGCAACAGGCAUCACCCCUGCAAGUCCCUGUUAAAACACAAAAAACUACAGUCACACAAAUGAUAAUAUUUUAUUAUAGAAAAAGCUUCCCAAAUAUAGGAUGUCGUAAACACUGGUAGGUGAACAAGUGCAACGUUAAAAGAAAUACAAAGAAAAGAGGCAAAACCUCCAAGAGUCUAACCAGAACACAAAUGCAGCCUUGUCUCAGGAAGGCGGCAGGCUUAUUUUCUGAGCUCACUAUGCCCAUCUUAUGUUUCAAAAUGAUGGCAAGAAGAGGCAUUGAAUAUAUUACUAAAAACCCUUGAUUUUUUUAAAAAAAAUUUCCGCACUGUAUUAUGGCGUUUGAAGUUAAAGCCUGUGUUCUGAAUGUUGAUUUAAAGACAGAGCCUUUGGAACACUUUGCAAGCACGUCUUCCUUGGAGCUUAUCCAGUGUUUUCUAGACCUGAUCGGCUGUCACUGUCCUGUUGGCUUUUGCAUUCUGUGCAGCAAAUCUAGAUCCUUCUAUCUUCC